CCCAGAAAAAGAUGUUAAAAAUGUUCAUCCUGAUUCAUUACUUGAAACUCAGAAUACUUUGAGAAAACGGGAUUUGAAGUUUGAAAAAGCAAAUAAUUAUCAAACCAUUCUAACAGAAUUACUUAGUACUACGUCGACAAAUGUGAAUAUUUUAUUUCUUCUAUAUAACCCAUCAUUUGAUCUCCAGAGUAAAAUAAAGGCCAUUUGGAAAAAUCUUUCAAGGGCUAGACGACUAAAGAAUCGAAUUGGAGAUAUGAUUACGCUUUCUAUUUGGGUCAAUUAUUGGAAACAGCGACUACUUCUCCAGAAAGAGCAAUGUGUGCAAGUCUGCUAUCUAGAUACUUUGUCAUAG